AUUAUAUGGCUUAAUGGCGUCUACAAACAUAAAAGGUCCCGGAUGUUCAAGCAUGGACGGUGUAUUUCUCGAAAAUGGUCCAUGGAGAAUAAACAGUGAUCAAUCUUUACGAAUUAUCGAUGUUGACCAACCGGUUGGCACUGGCUUUAGUUAUGCAAAUGACACAGGUUAUUUAAGAAACUUAACGCAGGUUCCUGGGGAAUUUUUGCUUUUCCUUGAUAAAUUCUUUGAAAUGUUUCCAGAAUUUAGUAAAGAUGAUAUGUAUAUUGCUGGCGAGAGUUUUGCGGGUACUUUUAUACCUUACAUAGCCACGGAAAUUUUGAAACGCAACGAUGAAGCAAACACAGUAGGGCAUCAGACAUACAAUCUCAAAGGCAUAGCAAUAGGCAACGGAUGGAUUGAUCCUAUUACACAGUACAAUGCAUAUUAUACCUAUUCGAUAAAUCAUAAUCUAAUACGUGGUGAAGAUUACAAGAGAGUUGUUGAGAAUCAGCUUGCAAAUUGUAUGGCUGCUGAAAAAGCCACCCUUACUAUUCAUAAUGAUUUGUGUGAGGAAGUCCUCAUAACGAUUCUAAAAAGUUCUCGUGAAAAAGUUGGAAAGAAGGUGACAUGUCUAAAUCAAUAUGAUAUUCGAGACCAUUCCGAUUCAUAUCCUUCUUGUGGACUCGGCUGGCCUUAUGAACUCCCAUCUGUCUAUACGUAUUUACAGCGGGCUGAUGUUAUAAAGGCAAUUCAUGUUGAGAGCAAAGAUACUCCUUGGGUAGAGUGUAGUCCCUCAGUAAGUCGUGGAUUUAGUAAUGACAAGAGCCCACCUUCCAUUACGUUAUUGUCACCUAUUUUAGAGAAAAUCAAUGUUUUAUUAUUUAGUGGUGAUCAGGAUCUCAUUUGUAACCUAGAAGGUACCGAGGCUUUUAUUAAAGAAUUAGAAUGGAAUGGGGCAAAAGGCUUUCAGAAUCUUACUACAACACCUUUGGUCACUAAUAAUACUGUUUAUGGACAUAUGAUAUCGGAGCGAAAUCUCACUUUUGUAGUUAUUCACAAUGCCAGUCACAUGGUACCUUACGAUGUGCCGGUAGCCAGCAUGGAUAUGAUUGGAACAGUUACGCUUAUAAUUGUUAUUUGUGGAGUUGUUUCAUUGGCAGCAUUUUUAUACCGUGGAAAAUUGAAACGUAAAAGGAGUGCUAGUCAAACAAUGAAAGCAGUUGUUGAGAGUUCAAAUAGUGAAAUGGACGAGCUAGUAAUAGAAACGCCACUAUUUCAAUCAGAUAAUGUUGAUCAUUUUGGAGAUAGUGAAGAAGAAGAUAACAGUCACAAUCGGGAAAGAUAUGUUGAUGAAGAAGAGCAAGUUAGAUAUGUUGACAAUGAAAAAGAUCACGAUAAGGAAUGA